AUGGCUGCACCACAGAUUCCUCAUCUCAAUUUGCUUCGCAAAGGCCGAGGCCGAGGGCGCGGAAGCGGCGAUGGCUCCGAUAAUGCCCACAGCUUUCGCACUCCGGGCAAGGACCGCAUUGUACAAAGUACAGACGGUGACGCAAGUGUCUCACGACUCAGUGCGGUCCAACUGAAAUACUUGGAGGAUCCAUUUGCGACAGCAUUGACGCCGCCUAAUUCGGCGCAGAGAAGGCUUCCUAUUAUAAACAGAGGCACCUACGUCCGCACUAUCGCAAUUGACCAACUGGUCGAUCGCUUUCUCGGCCCUUCGUCCUCUUCCUCCACCAAGGUCCAGCAUAAAAAGCAAAUCAUCUCACUGGGUGCUGGCUCUGAUACACGUGCCUUUCGAAUCUUUUCAACGAGGGAUGCAUCGCAGAUAGUUUACCACGAGAUCGAUUUUGCGGUAAACACAUCUGCAAAGAUUCGUACGAUUCAAGCGACGCCCCGGCUGCAGAAGGCAUUGGGAAUCGACGAUACAAGAGACAGCAUUAGAAUCUCUGGUGCUGGUGAUGCGUUACACACCCCUUCUUAUCACAUUCAUCCGUGCGAUUUGAGGUCUCUUUCUGCGAGCCUUUCAGUCACAGAGGCGCUUCCCGGCAUUGAUCGAAGCUUGCCGACCUUGCUGAUAUCGGAAUGUUGUCUCAUAUACCUCUUACCCUCAGAGGCGAUUCAGGUAUUGACGUUCUUCACUGAACAUCUCUUCCCUUCGACGCAGGUGCCCCCUAAUACCGGAGAGUCACCGCGCCCCUCUGCAAACACGGUGCCGCUUGGGUUGAUUCUGUACGAGCCAAUCAGGCCGAAUGACCCUUUUGGGCGGACGAUGGUUGCAAAUCUUGCAACCCGUGGAAUUCAACUCCAAACGCUGCACAAAUAUUCCUCCUUGGGGGCUCAGCGAGCUCGACUGCUGGAACAGGGCUUCCAUUCUGGCCAGGCGGCCGCUGACAUUGACUUUAUCUGGGAGCGCUGGGUGAGUGAUGAUGAAAAGGAGCGAGUCGCCGGACUGGAAAUGCUCGAUGAAAUGGAAGAGUGGAGACUACUUGCACAACACUACUGUGUCUCCUGGGGGUGGAGAGAUGGUGACGACGAUGCGGUCUUUCAUGGAUGGAAGACAAUGCCUGCUCAAGCCGAAGAGUGA